AUGUUCUCGACAUUAAGAUUCGACCCCCACGGAGCUGAGCCAAUUCGGGUCGAGCGACAGCGUUAUGCUCAUGAGAUCAAUCAAGGACCAGGGCCACAGCAUUCAGCUUGUGAAAAUUGCCGGUUAAAAAAGUUACGAUGUAGCGGCACAAGGCCAAGCUGCCACCGGUGCCAGGAAACAUCAAUUAAGUGUAUAUUUGAAACGCCACCAAAGUCCAAGAAUGCCACAUUAUUUGAUCCUACUAAAAGUAAAUCAACAUCGCAGCACAAAGUGCGUGCGGCAGAGUCGGGGUUGCACCUGCAAUCUACCGUGGCUGGUGACGAACCUGACGGGCUUGAGGAAGAUAGAGACAGCUCGAAUCAACCAUCGUUUUUGGCAAACUUAAAUGACUGGACGGCAGAGGGCAUGGAAUUCGAGACAAUGGACAAUUUUAGUGAAGAAACUGAGAUAUCCCCCAAUUCUCCCCUGGGAGAGACAUACCGUCGACCUGGGGAGUCGUCAAUUGAGGAUUUUAUGCAAUACCUUGUCGAUUCACCACCCCUUGAUCAAGAUAUUGGCAUGAAUCUGAAUCCAGCGGAAGAACAUACUGCAACGGUUCAACACCGAUUUCCUAGGACGACUAUAAACAGGCGGAACGGCCGUUCUGAUUCACUCCUGUCGCAGAACAGAUCACAGAGGAACAACUCUUCACCAGCAAUAUUUUGUCCUAACCAACGUUCCCAAAUACCGCCAACAUAUACUCACAAUGGCAUGCUGCCAGUAGCUAUGUGCCACUGCUGGAGUGAUAUGGUAAACAUCCUUGAAAUGCUCGGCCAAGAGGGUUACGGUUCUGAUGAUCAAGGUAUCCAACCCCCAAUCGACUCUAUUCUUUCAUUUCAAAGAAGUGCUGUGGAAAAAUGUACUUCGAUGCUUGACUGCACUUUCUGCUUUUCUUCAUCGGAGCGGAUACUCGUUCUGGUGUUGGUGGGAGACAAGCUUAUUUCCAAGUUUGAAGAGGUUCUGAAAAGACAACAAUUUCUGCCUAACUCUAGACCCGAUGCUUUUGACGCCGGGCUAACCAGGCCGGCCACUGCUACCACUGCAUCUUCGAACCGCCCAGGAAAUGGUGGAGUGAAACUAUUUCUGGGAGAUUAUGAAAUUCAUACUUCUGAGUGGAUGUCCCUGUUAGACACACUUUUGAAUCUGCAAGUCAGAAGACUUGGAAAUUUCAUUUCUCGUCUCAAGGUGUGGGCAACAUCCGCACACGGCAUAGCCCACCUAGCUAUGCUUUCUAAGCUGGAACGUCGAUUUCAAGGACUCAUGACAGUUUAUCAGCCCGCCGACCGACUGCAGUAA